AUGAACACUUCAGCCUCCCGCUUCAGGAAUUUUCUCGACUCUCUCGACAACAAUGAAUUACUCGCAAGUGUGCCCAACAGACUGCUCUAUAAAAAUCGAAACUUCUGUUCUCAAUUUUCAAUACGUGUAUCCCAUCCCGGUAAAUCGCUCGUUGGGGCGUUUGUAUAUCGCGUUUCACUUCACUCAAAUACUUUCUAUUCCGUAUCUGUAUUUUUUUGUGUUUGAGUGAGAUAAAUAAAUAAAUAAAUAGCCUUGACAAAGAAAAACUUAUUUAUUGACCACAGGGAGGUAUCAGAGGCUUCAAUUUCAUGAAAAAAAUUCGGGAGGCUAAAGAGUAGUCUUCCCAAGUGUUCCCAACAACUUAAAAAAAGAAUAAAAAAAUAAUCAAAGUUUAUUUUUCCUGAAAAAGAUGGUAAGAAAAGCUUCAAUAUGAGUCAUAUCACGUGUUUCAAAUCUAUCAAAAACCCAUUAAAACUUUUUAAAAACUGAUCAAAUUUUUCUUUCAAUUAUUUCCCACAGCAAGACGGUUUCAAAAGAAAAUUUCUUUUCAAUCUUUUUUUCUUGUAGUUUGUGGUCUUCUUUCUUCUCUUUCCACUAUUCAGAGUAGUGCGUAAAGAAUUAAUAUUUCAGUUUUCUUUCAAAUUAUUUUCAAUUUUUCGAACAAGUUUUAUCACGUCAAUGCACAAUUUUUUUUACUAAUUAACAAAUGAAAGCUAUAUUUUCCUUGUUAAUACGAGAAAACAGCCGAAAAAAUUCCCAAAACAUACCAUUCAUAUUCAAAUUUUCGGGCGUCAAUUCCCAACCCAUUUGAUCUUCAAUAAGGUGUCAAAGUCACAAAUUCUGACUUUUCUCACGUCAAAAAGACCGUUCUCAGUUCAUCAACACGUUCCGUCUUGCUACAGGCAAGAAAGAAUAUUUAUCAACUUCUUUUAGAAUAAUAAACAAUAGGCAAGCGAGGAAGAUUUUUCAUGGAAGGUACAAAUUUGAUUCAAAAUUUUCCGCGCUCAUUCCUAUCCCAUUACUUUUUGAAUCACCUAGUCAAACCUAAGAAAGCGGCGAAAUGAAAGAAAUAUUUUCCUAUCGGUACCAUUAGAUCCAAAAUUCUCAUUGUCCAUUCCUAACCUUUUGGAUGCCGGAAAAAGCCUCAAAGUUGAAUUGUUCGAAAAAAAGCUUUUAGCGUUUUUUUGAAAACGACAAGGCGCUUUGAAAAAGCAAAUCGAUGAAGUUUCCAAUCUUUUUUUGAAAAAAAUUUUUUUCGCAAAAAUAUUUUUUUAAAAUCGAAAAGAACUCGUCAAACAGCUCGCUCUAAAAAAAAGAAACCGUGAAUAGGAUUAUUGGUACGAAAUUUAAAAACCUUUUGUGAAUAGAAUGAAUGUUCAGCCAAAGUUAUGUCAAAAAAAUAAAAAAAUUUUUAAUGGCUUCAGUGCUCCUAAAUAGUCACUUCAUGAAAAUAUAGAGAAGAUAAGUAAGUUUAAUGUUUUUUCAAGUUUAAGGAGAUCUUUUUCUUACCCCCAAAAAAAGGCCGAUAACCAAUGAAAAAAAAACUUUCAAGCUUUUGAGUCUCUCCAUCUUUGAGCAAAAUUAGAGUACGUUAAUUCGAAACCACUGGCAAGUAAGUAAGAGGUGAAGGAAAAAAAAAGUUUCUUUGCCAGUUGAUUCAAAUUUCUUGCCUUCCGUUCCCAACAUUCUCCCUCCGCUGUCGGAGCACCCAUCAAAAUUGCAAAUUAUCACCUAUCAAACAUCAAAAAAGAGCCUUCUCAGUUCAUCAACACGUUCCGCCGUGCUGCAGGCAAGAACAGGGCCGUUUAGGGCAAGUUAGCACCUCGGUGAGGUGGAGUCGGAGCUGAGACCUUUAGUCUCCGCCUCCUCUUCCUGCGACGAUUUCUUCAGUGGUAUCAUACCAAUCCGCACAGUCCUACCGUCCUCUUCGACCUUCCGACUUCUUCGUCAACUUCUACCGAAAUGGCCGAGUUCUUCGACAUCCAGGAGGAAAUCGCCAUGCGAAUGGACGCCGUGACUCUCAAGUCUCUGGCCGCCACUUGCUCUACUUGGAAGCACUAUAUCAAGACUCAUCGUCAGAAGUUCAAGUUUGUUUUUUUUUUUUAUUUUCUUCAUGCAUAGCUAGGGUCCGCAAGCCAUUUCUUCAGAAUGAUUUAAAAAUAUGUUUUUUUCACAUUGUUCGAUAGGGGAGACUGUCCAUUUUUCAUAAUCCGUUUAGUUUUUUUGAAAAAAAGGUUCACUAAGAAAAAAAGUUAUGGCCAAAAAAACGAGCGCGCGCGGCGUACAACUGGAGGCAAAAUCUCACGGUUUACCCGCUGCCGCACGCUUUCUUUUUAAAUGUUUUUUUGCGCGUUUCUGGACCGUUUUUAAAUCGGUUUUCUGUUCUGAGAGGUUGUCCGAACUGAGCCUCAUGUUUUGGUAUGAAUCUUUUGUACAAUCCUCAUAAGAAGUUUUUGAUGAAAUAUCAAAAAAACUACCUAGAAAAAGGUCAAAAGGAUUUUUUUCAGCUUAUUUUUUUCUUUUUUUCUACUCAGAAAAAAAUUAUUAUCAUUCGAUUUGGAAAAAGAAAAAAAUGAAAAAAAUAAUGUUAUUUCGAAAUAAAAACAGGAAAAAAAGUGCAAUUUGACUCCGAAAAAAACGGCUCCUGCGACAUUUAAAAGGGCGCAUCGGUGUGUUUGACGCAAACACUGCUACGGACACUUGCACGAAAUCUUCCGAAAUUUCAAAAAUUGCCAUUUUUUUCGAGGGAUUUUCAAAGCCGUUAUUUUUCGCGUCGAUCGAUUUUUUUCAUAAUUUUUUUCAUUGAUAGAGUUUUGAACGCUUAAUAACAUAAUCAAAAAUAUAGACGCGAUCCUAUUCUCUCAUGCGUCAACGAGGCAGGCGAAAAAAGGAGGUUUUGGUAAAACUCAAAUAUAAUUUGAUUCGCUGUCCCAAUAAUUAUUUUCAUUUUGAAUUUUUAUUCUUGGACACACUGUUAGUUUUUAAAUCAAAUAAAAAGUAUACCAUGUCGCUGAAAUUUUUUCGCAUUUCAGCUUCAAAGUUUGGUGUCACUUUACAAGCUUUAAUAUUUUUUUCGCGUCGGUAGAUUUUUUUCAUUUUCACUCAAAAAAUAAAGAAAGUGUUAAUGUAUAACAUACUAAAAAUUUAGAAGCGUUCCUCACUUGGUUUUCUGAAACGCGACGAUUUUGUGAAACUUGUCAGUUUUUUUCGUGUUAAAUCUUACUUUUUCGCUUAUUUUUGAAAAAUACAUAGUUUUAAAAAUAUUCAGUCUUGUAGAGCGUUGUCGAUUACAUAGGUUUUCAGAAACAGUUGAUUUUUAAAGUGGGACUUUAGCUAGUAUAAACGCCUCAAAACCGUUUUUUUGCAACAAAAAAUCGUCAUUUUGGUGGCGUGAAGGGGCAGGGCUUUGCGCCCCCCUAUGCAUAACUUUUGUGAUCAGCUUUACUCAUGAUAACUUGAGGGGCUCAUUUUCCUCUUUUGAUAUUUAUAAGAAUUUUUCAAAAAAAUUUCAAAGUUCUCAGACCUUAUUGUUCUUGGCUCUCAUUACCUUUCCAGCUUAUUAUCCACUCGAACUGAAAACUAUAUGCUUGAUAAUAUCACAAUUAUUCUCUUCAUUCAAGCAAAACUAUAGAAGCUCACACCAAAUGAUCAGUCAGGAAUCGAAAAAAACUGAAUCUGCGUUCUCAUUUCUUUAACCAGAGAUAAACUCGCCGUGAAUAUGAAAUUUUUUUGACUUUUUUUGAGCAUAAUUUUGAGAUUCAACUCUCCAAAAAGAACUUCAACUUUAUUAAUAUUUUCUAAAAACCCAGUUUUUCAGCCGCACGCCACUCAGCAGCCUGGUCAUCACCAGCCAACUCAAGACGUUCUACCGUGUCCGGGUUUUUCGCAACGCCUCAGGGUCUGUUGGUGCCCGUCGACGACGUUUGCUACGAAGUCUCCGUGGAGCUCCCUCCUUCGCGUACUAUCCGAGCCAGAAAACCGUCUCGAAUGAGAAAUUCUUCGACACUGUCGCAGAAUUUCAGCCAAAGUUUCUUUGGCUCCACGCCAAGCCAAACGUCGUGGCAAUGCUCCCGCCUUGGUGGCUUUCUACGGUCGAGCAGGUAUGAGAGUCAAUUUAAAGUUUCAAACAAAAAGCUUUUUUGACUAAAAUUUGGAACUGAUCUUUAAUCAAGUGGAAUUUCAAGCUUCAAUGGACUCAUUAUCAUUUCAAAAGUAUGGGCGGUUCCAAAAACUGUCUUGUUUUUAAAUAUGAAAAAAAUAAAAAUUCUAAAAAAAUAUUGAAUUUUAAUUGCAGCUCUCCUACUCCUGCGAGUUCCAUUCGCUCGACAUCUUGCACAUUUUGAGAUGCGCUCCGAAGGUUGUUUUAUAAUCAAUUCACCUCUUAAUUCAUUAUAUUCAGAUGCACCACGUCGAUAUUCUCGCCCAGGACCCGAAUAUUCCCUACACGCCGCUGCAAGUGGUCAAAGCGAUGAACUCGAUCUCCUUACUCUCGUUAGUUUUUCUUUUUUUCUUUGCCUUGAUAGAUCAGUGGCGGCCUGAAGAGACGUCAGAGAAGUGGAAGCCUUUCUUUUUCUCUGAUGUCUCUUCAGACUAUCUGUUCUCAAAACAAAAAAUCGAAAAGUUUCGCUCAGAAAUGUUAUGAAGCUCUUAUCAGUUUAAAAAUAGUCCAGUUACUGGAAAUCGGAAAAAAUAGUGAAGAAGGAACCCCCGAAAAAGCUGAUUAUUUUUAAAUUUUGUACUUCAAAAAAAUCCUAAAAAUUACGAAUAAUAAUUCCUAGGAAGCUUCAAAAACUAUCCCUAAUAUCUCAGAUAAUCAGAAAAAAAUCAUUCCAGGAUUCGUCAAAAACGCAGAGUUUCCACGAGUGACUGAGAACGCUGACGAGAUUUUGGCCGAAGUCACUAAGAAAUCGAAAAAAACGGCAUGGGACUCUUUUUGUUGAGAAUUGAGACGGGCAACUUCUCAUACACUCCUGAGGCUCUUCUGCGCUUUUUUUGAGGUGAUUUAUUAUUUUUUUGGGUCGAUCAAUUUUUGAUACUUAAAAAAAUUGGAACAAGAAAAAGUCAGCUUCGAAAUCCAAAAAGAUUCAGUGAAAAUUGACAAAAAAAUUGAGCUGAAGCAAGAGAGCAACAGUGGCUCAAAAAGACACCAGAAAAGUUAGAACUUCUCUCUUUCUGUGCCGCCUCUUCAAAUUGUUACCUCUCUCGUUUCUUCUAGUUCGAGUUUUGCAUUCAUUUCUCUACAGACCCGAUUUGACUCAAUUUUGAGGCUUUUUUUAAUUUUUCAGCUUUCAAAAAUGACUUUUGUGAAACGAAAUACCUAAAAACUCUCUCUCAAAUUUUUCAGACAACGAAGUUCUACACUGCGCAUAAAGUGAUACUGUACAUCCACAAGAUCGAGGGCGGCAAGGAAAACUUCUACGAGACCCUCAGAGCCAGGGAAAACUGCGAUUCUAUCCGAUGCGAUGGAGGCUUCAUGUACCGCCGAGGCCCGCUGCAAGCCACGGUUUACGUGACUGAAGAAUGA